CUUUUCCUUCUCUUUCCGGUUUAGGAUUUUGACCAGCGUGCUUGUUCUCGUCCCGAGCUAAGGCCAUUUGUUAUAAACAAUUAAUUUUUGGCAACUUGCACAAUCAGUGAUUAGCCACAGCACUUCGACAUGUCCACCAAAGCCGAGCUCGCCUGCGUCUACGCCUCCUUGAUCCUGGUCGAUGACGAUGUUGCCGUCACCGGCGAGAAGAUCAACACCCUUCUGAAGGCCGCCAACGUCGAGGUGGAGCCCUACUGGCCCGGCCUCUUCGCCAAGGCCCUGGAGGGCAUCAACGUCAAGGAUCUGAUCACCAACAUCGGAUCCGGAGUCGGUGCCGCACCCGCCGGAGGCGCUGCCCCAGCUGCCGCCGCCGCUCCAGCCGCCGAGUCCAAGAAGGAGGAGAAGAAGGUGGAGGAGUCCGACCAGUCCGAGGACGACGACAUGGGCUUCGGUCUGUUCGACUAAGCGGGAUCUGGAAUCGUCUAGAGACCAUUUGGACAACCUGACAUCCGUUGUGUUUGUGCUCUAAUCCUCGAGAGGUGGACGUGUGUCGUGUUUCCCCGACCGCGUACACGUUUUAAUGUACAAACUCGAGGAAAUAUAGAAGACGUUUGCUAAAAAAUGAA